AUGAAUUUUCCUGUAGCUAAUUUUUAUGUUAUAUGCCCUGCUGUAACACUUGAUGAUAAAGAUUCAUUGUAUGUUUUCGGUGGAUAUGAUCUACUUUCUGGUCAUACUUUAUUUCGUAAUGAUUUCUUACAGCUUGAAGAUUUAACAUCAAAAAAAUGGACAAAACUAAAGAAUACAUUUAAUAUUAAUAAUAAAUCUCAAGCAAUAUCACCACGAGCGCGAACAUUACUUGUUACAUGUGGUAAUGAUAUAAUACCACCUGAUGGUGGACUUUUUGCAUGUGGUGGUUAUACGAAAUCAUCAUCUGGUGAAUUAAUACCUGUAGCAGAGAUUUUAUGUUAUGAUAAAUCAACAAAACAAUGGACCUAUUUAACUGAUAUACCUAAUCUUAAAAAAUUAAAUAUCGUAGCUGUUGAUAACAAUAUAUUGAUAAUAUCCGAUAAAAUGAAAUCAGAUAAUCCAGACGAAGAAGAUCAAUUUAUUCCAGUAUCAAAAUAUGAUUUAAUUAAUAGAAAAUGGUUAAUGUUGAAUCAAAAAGAAAUUUUAAAUGUUCCAAUUGAAGAAACAAAAACAGAUUAA